AUGGCGCCAGACCAUCACUCCCGAGCCCGCAGCUCGUCUAGAGAUGACCCCGGCAACUUUGACAAUGAUGAAUACCAACGCGGCCGCCAGCGAAUCGACCUGAAACUCAAAGGCACCUUUGAGCGAAUCUUUGAGAAAUAUGCCAGGGACUUUACCGGAGUCGGCGAUGAGAUCGACAUGGAGACAGGCGAAGUCGUCGUCGACAAUGGCCACCUGACAUUCAUGCAACACGAACGAGACACUGGCAAGAGCGCUUCAUCCCGCUUUGUACGAGCCUUUGCCGACGAGCUGGAAGUAGAGGACGCCCCAGACGGAAACGACGACGACGACGAUACGGAUGGCCUUCAACAAGAGCCUGAACAAGAGGAGGACAGGUUGCAUCAGGAUAUUGACGACGACGACGUCGACGAGCUCCAGCAAGAUGUCAGACAAGAGCACAUUCCAGACGAGGAUGACUACGGUCGAGAAGACGAGGAAGUCAGUGAUGACGAGGACAGUGACUAUGAGGAUGCAGCAUCUGAUGCUGGCGACGAGCAGUCAGGCGACGAGUCUGACGACCUGGGCCACGACAAGGACCAUUUCGUUCUCGACCCUCGACUCGCUCAGCCGCACCCACAGGUUAGCCAAGAGCAGCAAUACCACAAUACUUCCGUCAUUCCAUCUACCGAAGUCAAUCACUCGCUGCCUCAAAUCUCCAUUGAAGACUCGUUGAAACAGCUCGUCCCUCACCAAGAUGCGAAUGGCAGAAUUGAUCCCGAAGCCAUCCAUCAUCUGGGCCAGAGCAUUGCCAAUCAGAUUGCUCAAUUCCUCAUGCGAGCUACCUCCAUCAACAGACAGCCCAACUUUCUCGCCGACUCUCAGGCCAUGUGGUCUGCUCCGCCCCUGCCUGAGGAUGCUUUCGGCCCACCCUCGUUUCUUGACAAUCGCCGUGAUGCAAUCACUCCAGCUCGUCCAAGAGCUCCUUCUGUCUGGGACUCGCCUUCCGGUGGCCAGUCGCUAUGGGCUCCGGCCGGCACACGCCCCAAAAAGCGUCGUAGGCUUCUCAAGCACACCGAGACCUCAUUCAAUCUUGAUCCCGCCUUGACCGACGAUGCUACUUUCUCGGACGCUCCAUCAAGGAAUCGCUACUCCAGAGAAGAAGAUGAACUGAUCAAACGCUUGAAAGAGAUCAACGGCUUGACCUGGCAGCAAAUCACCGCACACAUGCCCGGCAGAACCACUGGUGGCCUGUCCGGUCGCUACACUCGUGUCUUGAAGGACAUGCCCAGGCCUGUCAUGAUCAAACGUGAGAUCAUCGAGAUCAUGGAUGGUGAUGAUGACGAGCUCUCUACUCCUGGCCCUUCGCAUACUAGCACUACACCGGGCAUGUCGCCCUUCAGUACUCCGCUCCUGCGUCGUGCUAUGGACAAGCAGAUUGCCCGUCACGGGGACAAUGGUGAAAUCCCAAUCACAAUCGGGGAUGGGGACGAUACAGACUCGCGCGAAUCAUCUGCACCACCUCCAAGGAGAUCCAGGAAAAGAAAGACCUCAAGAGAUAAAGAACUCUCACGCGCAGUAUCAUCGCGGUAUCGGACUUUUGACACUUCUAAUCCGGUUGGAGCUUUUGGCAUUUUGUGCACCGACAGCCCAGUACCCAACCCAGCCGAGGAGCACAAUCUGAACCUGUAUGGACCUACCAGUGGAUUUGGUGUGCUGCGACUCAACAACGCGAAACCACCGAGGGAGUCCAAACGACGGAAGAAGACGGAUGUGCCUCGAGAGACUUUUAUGCAAAACGCUGCGAGGCAUACUCAUCCUGCACCUCAACUGAGGGACAGUGCCGCGAAUGCACCAACCAGCACUAUCAACUUGUUUGCACGCGCUGAGCAGUAUAUGAGAGCUAGAAACCUUGUUGGUGUCAGCAUAGCCACAUCUCAACUUCGUGCUCAGACAUUGUCAUCUCAAGCAAAUCAGCGUCUGCAUUCUACUACCACAAGGUCGAGCAACGCAGGUGGGCCCGUGAUAAUGAUGCCGCCUCCUCCCGCCAGACCGCGUGCAGAGCCUGUUUUCGAUGGAAGCUCACCAGUGCCGAUUCAUCCGCCUCCUCCUUACAGCGCCAAUCCUCCUUUGCGAGCAUACACGCCCCCUCGUAUACAAACACCACCCAGACAUCGUACCGAGCCGAUGCCCGUCGAUACAGAGAAUGACGGCGACGUUAGCGACUCGUCCAUGGAUACCCCCGCAACGACAUCUCGUUACGCAGGACAAACACCAAUGACAUCUCACGCGAGCGGCCCUUACUUCCUUCACAAUCUGCCGCCGCCACCAAGUCCCUUGGCUCCAGCACCACAGACACAGAUGCGCUCGCCAUCCUCUUCACCACUGUCCUCUCCUCCGCCCUUGCCAUCGCCAGUUUCGAUCCAGGCACCUUUGACAGAAACUCCACGCCGCAGCCUGAGAAACUCAUGCCGUAAAGCACCCAUGCUCCCACCAGGACCCGGAGAAGUCGCCAGAAUGAAACUGCCUACUCCAUCUACUAACAAGAAAGCCUCCCCCGCAACUCGAUCAAGGGCUCUUGGAAAGGGCCUAUCAGCCACUACGCCUAAGACGCCAGUGACGAAAUACGGUACCCCUGUCAGAGAAACCGUGGGAAGGAAAGAGAUGAUGAUGAAGAAAGUCAUGGCGGAACCUGAUGAUGGGUCUGAGGACGAACUUGCUUGA